CUCUCGUCCAGAGGCUAAGAUGGAGUAGCCGUGGAAUACUAUGAAAAUAAGCUACUCUCCUACCCAUACGAGCCUUAUGGUCGGACACAGACGACAAAAAUACUUUUUAUGUGUUGGCCUAACAGUCGUAGUCUUAGUUGUAUUAUAUUAUUUCUAUUCCGGGUCGAGUGGAAGAUUUGGAAAUCUUAGUGUGCUUUCAGGGAAUGCCGGAACAAAUCUCCCAGCAGGAGUUUCUUUCCUUACAACGUACGACAAUUCUGUGAAAUUCGACCAUGAAUGGCUCAAGAAGAACUGUCUACAGUCGUUUAGCCAAACUGAAGAAAUAGGAAACAUUGGAAAACUUGUGGAUGCCUGGAAAAAUGCCCCUCGGAGAGAUUGCAGGGAAUUAUACAAGACAUUUAGUGAUAUUUAUCUGGUGCAGGAUAGAAGUGCACCAUUAGUAAUACCUGAUACUUUUGCUCCCAAGGUUUUAAAGUGGCUUGGGGGAAAACAGGAAUUGUUAAAGGAAGCAGCUUUGCAGCCCAUUACAUCAGUAGAAAACUUAUAUUCUCAAGAAUCCACUGUGUUUAAUCCUCUUCGUGCGAAACGGCCAGGUGCAGGAGGAGGAGCUACCGAGGAAACCAAGAAAUUUCUUGCAGAGUUGAUUCAGUCCAGUGCUAAAGAAUGUGACUUCUGCAAUUAUAAAAUUAACACUGCAAAGGAUCCUUUUGAAAGUGUUGAGUCCAAAUAUUCACUCUCAGUGUCCAACACAUUUAAAGUAGAGAAGUUUCACAGUCUUAUCAUUUGGAGACGGCAUGAUCCACUUAAAGUAAAUGAAGAAGAACUUCUUGAUAGUAUGGAAACUGCGCAGAAGUGGUUUCUCCGAGCCCACCAAAACGACGAGGAAUACACAAUCCCUCACAUUUACUGGGAUAUUUUGCCGAGAGCAAGCGCCAGUCAAGUCCAUCCUCACCUCCAUGUGACUUUGGCACGUGACCAUUACUACGCCAGGUGGGCCCAUUUCCACAUGGCCGCCAUGAAAUACGCUGCGGAUCAUAAUGGAGAAAACUAUUUCUCAGCUUUGAAUAGAAUCCACAGCGCGUUGGGUCUUUCAGUGCAGCACGGCAACGCCAGUGUUCUAGCAUACGUGACUCCUGCCGCGUCCUACGAAAUUUACUUGUUCAGCAAGACGCCUUGUAAAGAUCUCUUCCAACUUCUCUACUACUCUAUUGCCGCUCUAAGGGAUGACAUGGAAUUGUACGCCAUGAGUGCAGGAAUGGUAUUCCCAAAAUUGGGGCCUUUUACUGACGAAAGUGAUUUACCCACAAUCAUAAGACUCGUGUACCGUGGACCAGCGGAAGCGAGACGAGCGGAUAUCGAUUCCCUCAUGUUAUUCGGGACUGUAAACGUCAAUGUCGAUCCUUACGUGGUGAUUAGAAGCAUCAAACAAUCUAUAGCCAAGCGAAGUGCAUAACCCGAGUA